GGUGCUCUCCUCUCCGCUACUCCUCCUCUUCAGCCUCUUGUGCCUCUGUCUCUGUGCUCCUUCCUCCGCUUGCCAUGCUUGCCUGUGCACAAUCUGCGUGUGUACGCGCGUGUUUAUAUAUUUUUACACAUUAAGUUUCUUUAUAUUUCCUGGUGUUUAUUUUUGUGCGUUUUAUUAUACUUUACUCUAUUUGUGUUUGUUUGUUUUAUAUAUUAUUUUUUCGGUGAUCUUUUUUCAUUACCCCUUCUCUCCGACGAAGACGACGACGACAUCAUCAACAAACCAUUGCACCAACUCCUGUCCUAUCAUUCUGCACUUCUACCCCGCCCGCCUUCUCUGCCAUCUCUCCUCUCCCCCUAGUCUCCUUCUACCCGGUCUGCUUGCGCCACUCCGUGUUGUCCUAAAGGAGAUUUGCCUCGCGUCUGACCUUUGCCAUCGUCUUGUGCGUUGCCUCGCACAAAGAGUGCGAACGCUGUGGCUUGGGGAAUAGUAGUAAUAGUUGUAGUAGAAUUAGUAGUAGUUGUAGUAGUAGUGUACACAAGCUUAGAGCAGUUGAUUUAUUCUUAUUUAUAUUUUGGUUUGUCCUCCGGUUGUUUGACCUGCGUUUGCGGCGGCCGUGAGUGAUACCGCUGUGAAUGUGUUGGUGCGUUGUGUGUCGGCUGUGUUUGUCUGCGUGGGUGCGUGUGCGGCUGGAAGGGUCUGCUGUUGAUGUAAAAGAGAUCAGUCGAAGUUUGCGUCAGUAGCGAGGCCUGAGUAGGCGUGCUUUCAGUUUGGGAGCGAGUGGCCUGGGGUUUCUUCAAGUGCAAGCGCGCGUUGGAGUGCUGUUGUUGGAGUGGGCAGGGUUUUCUGGCGAGUAGGAGCGAGCAAGCUAGCAAGCGCGCAUGCAGGUGUGCAGUUGGCCGGGGAUUGAAUCAUGGUGGAAGGAAGUGCGGAAAUCCUGGGGUGGAGGCCGGUCGGGCUUUAAUUUGUGGGCAGGUUAUGGCCACAGCUAAAACUUGUAGAAGUGCGCACGGAGGAUUGAUGGAGGAGUCGUCAGGCUGCGAGAAUGGAGCGGUAUCGUCGAGGCGUCGCAGGAUGGAAAUUCGGGGAUUCAAGAUGAUGACGAACUCGAGUUCCUUUGUUGAGCAGCCCGUAAGUAAGCGCUUACGCCCUGUUUCUGGCAUUUUUGACGUGCCACCUGGAGAUGAAGACGGAAGCCAUGCUUUGUGUGUGACAAACCGGGACAAUGCGCUGUGUGGUUCUACUUGUAGUGUAGAGUGGGGACAGGAGAAUAGCGCAAACAGGCUGUCAGUUUGUGAAGUGAUUCGAGAGCCGGAGCAGGCUGCGACUUCACUCUCUGCAGCAUGGGAGAGACCGUCCGGAGGUGACUGUAGACUUGGCAAUGAAGAUGGAUGUGCAAUCAACGCAAGUGAGACUGUAGGGAGUAGCAAUAGUGAUCGGAUGAGCAGUGGCGGAAGCAGUAACAGUGGCCUUCCCGUCGAGGAGUCUGAUGUGAGUUCCACGCUGACUUUUGCCGAAGGGUCUCUGAGCCCAUCUGGAAACAUGAAUAACGCUGUGCAAGGACCCUUUCAGGCUCUCGCAUACGAACCAGACAAUUCGGGAACUGCAGAUAUGGCUGUUUCUACUGCCUCCGACAUUUUGACUCUGGGAAGUGUCGAUAACAAUCAAACAUUAGAUAUGCCUGGCGUUUUAUUUCAGCAUCCCUCUCCAUUGCAAGCAACUGGAGCGAAUGAUGUUCCAGAUUUCAGUGCUGUGGUGCCUAGUGACGCUGGAGGACCUAGAGCGCCUUGUUUCUCUGGUAAUGACUGUCCGCCCCAUGGUAUGGUGAGCUUGUGCGGACGGAGACGAGAAAUGGAGGAUGCAGUUGUAGCGAAAUCAUGUUUCAUGAAGUUGCCCUGUAACAAAGUAGGGGGCUGCAAUGCUGGGGGACUGGAAGAAGCUCCUUUACAUUAUUUUGGAGUAUACGAUGGGCAUGGUGGAUCGCAGGCAGCGAAUUUUUGUGCGGAACGCUUGCAUCAGGCUUUAGCAGAGGAAGUUGAGUCCGCUUUUGCGCAGAGUGGAAACGUAGACCAGAACGCAUCUAAUUGGGAAGUGCAAUGGCAAGCAGCCAUGACACAAUGCUUCAAGAGGAUGGAUGCUGAAGUGGGGGGUUUCUGUCUGGAGGAAUGUGAGUGUUCAAUCAGUGGCAACCCCAGACAUAGUCCUGAACCUAUUGCUCCUGAGACAGUUGGGACAACUGCCAUUGUAGCAGUUGUGGGUGCAUGUCAAAUCAUAGUUGGGAACUGUGGAGAUUCUCGAGCCGUCCUUUCUCGUGGUGGAAUCGCCAUCCCUCUUUCUGUGGAUCAUAAGCCAGAGCGAGAAGACGAGAUGGCACGCGUAGAGGCUGCAGGUGGUCGUGUUAUUUAUUGGAAUGGUUAUCGGGUGCUUGGUGUGCUGGCGAUGUCAAGGGCAUUAGGUGAUCGAUAUCUUAAGCCAUAUGUCAUUCCGGAGCCUGAAGUUCAGUGCAUCAAACGUGCCGAAGACGACGAAUGUCUAAUUUUAGCUAGUGAUGGACUCUGGGAUGUAAUGUCAAAUGAGGCGGUCUGCGAUAUUGCACGCCGUGCUUUGAGUUGUAGGCGAAACGUUCAGCCACCUGUCGAUGGUCAAGAGGAGGAAACACCGGCUGCACAAGCUGCAGCGCUGCUUGUGAAAUUAGCCCUAUCUAAAGGUAGCACUGACAAUAUUAGUGUUGUGGUGGUGGACUUAAAAGUUCCCAGGGAUAGAUAGCAUCCGGCUACAUGCGCAGCAUUGAGACCCUAGGUGAUACGUGUAUGGUGCAAGUUUGAUUACUGUGCCUUAUCACGACGUAAAAGCAUUUGAUCAAUAUAUUUAGCUAUUUUUUCUCAGAAUAGUGAGAGAAAGAGCUGGCAAGUGACGAUGAUAUGAAAGGAAAUUGAAGAUAAGCAGAAGGGUUUAUUUAUUGACUUAAAAAAUCUGUGCUUCGAGCCAAGCUGCAUUCAGUUUGAGCAUAACAUUGUUUCAUGUUCAACGAAAUGGAAACUCAUUUGUGCUGCUUA